AUGUGUAGCUAUCAUGAAUAUCUGAAGACAUUGGCUUCUCAACCUCGAGAGAUUGAUCCAGACCAGUCAAAAAGACUUCAAACUUAUGGCAAUCCACUUAAACAAGAUAAGAAGCAAAUGAUGAUUGAUGAAGCAGAUGAGAUUGCAACAGGGGCUGAAAACAAAGUGAAACAUGGAAACCCCAACUCUUGUACCUCAUCUAAGAGAAGGCAGAAUGCUACUGUCGUUCAUGAUUGCCAUGAGGAGGGGAUGGAAAAUGGUCAAACAGCACCUGAUGGCUUCUUGUCAAAAUCUGUCCCUCCAAAGCUCGUGAAUAUGGCAGGAGAUGAUAUUCCACCCAACAGAUUGGAUUCUCCGUCUGAUGACUUCGCUUGUUUCAGGAAAGAUGGACUGAUUCACAAACCUGGUAGUAAUGCACUUGGAGGAGGAAAUGUAAACUGCAGUCUCUCAAUAGACGGCCCCAAAGUCACAACAAUGUCUACUUUGGGAACUGUGGCAAAUACAUUGCAAAUAACUCCUGCUAUGGCACAGGGAAUCAAUGCCGAUAUAAAACAUCAAUUAAUGAAGGAAGUUCGAAAGUUUGGACGAAAGUAUGAGAGAAUUUUCAUUUUGCUUGAAGAAGUGCAAGGACCUCUGGAAGUCAAGAAACAAUUUGUUGAAUUUACCAUCAAGGAAGCAGCAAGGUUUAAAAGACGAGUCUUAAUUCAGUACCUUGAAAAUGUACUAGAAAAAAUAAAUUCCCACCACCUUCUCAACAAAGUUAAUCACAUCAACCACAGAUCCUCAUGUUAUCGCAAAGAUCAGUGAGAAACAAGGACGAGUCUUCCAUGCUCUAGAAUGGAACCAGAUAUUGCUGAAACUUCCUAGAGUGUGGCAGUCAAGGGAAUUGUCUUCCAGAGGCCAAAAAAAGCAGUGGAGCUUUUCAAUGUUAUGAUUCUCUGUCAGUAAAAGCUGAGAUUUUGCCCUAAGAAUUUUCUUUGAAAGUAUAAUUUGUUGGUUUUUUGUUUGUUUUCCAUUUGAGGAGGGUGAUGUUGUUAAUUCAGUAAACAUUGCUGCCCCUACCAAAGUGAUAAGGGUUCCUUCAUUUGAACUGUGCCCUUCUGGGCAUUUUCAGAGUGACUAGGGGCCACUUGUAAGUGGAACACUCCUUGGUGCUCUUACAAUGUCCUUUAGAAGGAAUAGGUUCACAGAAUCCAACUGGUAAUCUUGUGUAUGCCAAACAAAGUUUUCAGCAAUUCCUCGUUGUGCCUUUUAAACCAUGAAAGAUUCAGGAUGGUUUGAAUCAAAGUGUAAAGAAGCUGCUAUUUUGGAUUUUAUUGAACAGUAAAGGCAUCCCUAUAACUUAUUUCUCUGUGGGAGGGGCAGGAGGGAGUCACAAAGCAAUCUACCUCCAACUCCUUUCUAUUUUGAUGAGAGACAUUAUAAAGUGCACCUGAGGCUGCCCGAACCCCUGCCAUCUGUUCUUUUUUGCAUGUAACGAGGACAGAAAGUCUUAAGGUGGACUUGCACAUUCUGUGCUUUGGAAGCACUAAAAGAAAAACAAAAUAAUGUGUAUUUUUCCUUUAAUGUUUAUACAAAGGUUUAUAUAGAGCAGUAUUGUUUUGUUUUUAUUAAUUUGCAGAAAUUUAAGUGUACAAAAGUAUUUUGACUUUGCAUAUAUAAAAUAAAUUACUUUAUUGAUUUUCACAAAUUUAUUAAUGCCUGAGAAAUUUCCAAUAAUGUCUUUAUC